CCGAUUGCGGGCGGUGACUCGUUCGCGCGAGUUCUGCUCACCGGGGUGAGGAGAGCGUGCACAGACGCGGAUACGGGCUCGCUGAGAGUUGGAGGGUGUGACACCAGGGCAGUGCCGGCGUUGUUGUUGGAGGAUAAAAGACGAGAAAAGUUUUGAUUGAAAGUGGUUGGCAAUAAUCUGCGAGGACUGAACUGCUCACCCCGACAGUGCUGCGCCGGCAGUGGAACUGAGUAGCGUGCUGUAGCAGCGGACCGGUACCCGACUCUGCGAACUGUGGGAGGGCUGUGAACACAGCGGCGAUCUGUGGUCAGUGCCGUCUCGGAGUCGGUGCGCCGUCUGACUCUGCUCGACACCCAGCCGGGAAUGGGUGCGGCAGUUUGCGGUCUGCUGCUGCUGCUGCUCGCCGCGGCGACCGGCGCACCCCAGCAGCGACAACAGAGGCUCGUGUUCUCACCGAGCCGGCGCGCCAACACCGAGAGCUUCCCGUUCACUUCCAUCGGGGAUCUGCCGCUGUCAUCCACACCUUCUCCAGUCCUCGAGACGGCCGACCAGUUCCAGUUUCCGUCCUCUGUCGGAGACAGCCCGCUCCAGCCAGCCGCGGACGAGGAUGGCCAGCUCAUAUUCCCCUCUCCUACCGCGGCCGGCCCGCUCCUGCAGCCUCUCCCGGCUGACGGGACCGAUGGGAUCCAAUUCCAGGCGUCCAGCACGGCGGGCGACUCACUGAGAGCCUCCUCUGGGCGGCUCAUCUUCAGUCCAGAACGGCUCAUUUUCUCGGGCUCCCGGCGCCGCGCAGGCCCUCCGCCGUCGCCGUCUCCUCUGGCAUCUCCACCGUCUCCAGCCCCGUCUCCUCUAGCAUUCCCGUCUCCCCAAGCAUCCCCGCCAUCUCCUCUGGCAUUCCCGUCUCCUCAAGCUUCCCCGCCAUCUCCUCUGGCAUUCCCGGCUCCCCAAGCUUCCCCGCCGUCUCCUGUGGCAUUUCCGUCUUCCCAGGCAUCCCCGCCGUCCCCGUCCCCGUCUUUCCUCCCAGCUCCAGCCCCGUCCCCGCCGCCGCAGGCCGAGGAUGGGAUGGCGCACCUGCAGGAGUACCUGCAGCAGGUGCGACUGACGCAGGCGGCUGGUCGCUCCCAGCAGACACUGCGAGCGGCGGCGGCGGCGCGCACCGGCCCCCGGCCACGAGUCGGGCCGCGCACACCCGAGGCCGUGGCGGCGAACCCAGACGCAGCGACGGCCCCACGCCGCGGCGCCGGCCUCGGCGGGAGUCUCGCGGCGGCCGAUGAGCCAGUACGACCGCUGGUCGUAGACUCUAUCCCUCGGGACAGGGAGUCCGAGGCGCAGGACUGGAGCUCCAACCUGCUGGACUCGGCGGCGCGGGCCGGUCUCCGCUCGCCGGGAGCGGCGCUGGACGACACGGGGCCGGCGGACGAGCCCUACUGGUCCGACCUACCCAGCUUCCCCGGCUCGCCGGAGCCGCCGGCCGCUGAGGAAGCAGAGGACACAGUGUGGGGCGGCGCCAUGCGGAAGGAAGAUCUGUUCUACCACGGGCCGCUGCCGCAGGAGGCGCAGGCGGACACCGAGUCGUUCAGUCCGCGGCCAGCGGAGCGUCCCGGCUCGUUCAGCCCCUCGCCGGUGGAGGAGCCCGACUCCUAUAGUCCGCGGCCGCUCUCUGCGUCCGCUCAGCUGCUGGAGGAGGUGGAGGCGGUCCCGAAGGACAGGCGCCAGGGGAGGCGGCUCGGCGCGCCGCCCUCCCGCCAGCCAGAGUACCUGGCCGACCUGCUGCGGCUCGGCACCGACUUUGUGUACCUUCCCGGACUGAGUGGGCUCAACGUCGAGCUCGGAGCCGAACCCCAGACGGCGGGUCGGGCGGACGGCGCGGCCGCGGCUCCGGCCGACACUGAGCUUCCCACCCGACAGUCCGAUAAAGGUCCCGACGUGGUGUACGUCUACAUCGUGCGCGGUGACGGCCAGACCCUGGACCUGUACGCGACCGACGGCCGGCGACCGGCGGCCACUGGGGAGCCAGAGGGCGGGUCCGGGCGGCGGCAGACCGCAGCGGUGGUCGCUGACGAAGACGGUGAGCUGGUGGAUUACCUGGCUACAGGGGCGGACGCCGAACUGAAUGAGAUUGAGACCACCACAGAGGACUUGGAGGGCGCCGCCGACAGCUCGACGUCCCAUCUGCUCUCAGUGGUGGACGGGUGGGGAGACGGAGGCACAGCAGGAUUGUCAGGUCUCGGCAAGGAGAGAGAAGGGCAGACUGUGACGCCACGAGGCGGAAAUGUAAAUAAGGAAGAAAAGGGUGAAAUCAAAUCGGUCUACUUUGAUCCGGCAAAUCAGUUUCUAAUGAGUCAUGAAGAAGCAAAUAAAGUAUCUGUUGAGAAUGAGCUAGUUAAGCUCGCUAACGUCGACGCCGUCAGCUCGUCAUCCGAGGAUUUGCCCCUGGAAGAGCGCGGAAUUUUCUUCUUUCCGGGUAACGUCAUCCACUCAUUUGGCAUCGCUCCAAGCUCGGCAGGUUCGCCGGUGGUCGUGUCCGUCCCCCGGCCCGGGGUGCCGUCCGUUCUGAGCAGCGUCAACCAGUCCACGCCAAUCGCCGAACUUCUCACACCGCCCGACCCGCCUCUGCAGACGCUGGCGGCGGCGGCAGCGACUCCCGUGGACAGACAGGACACGGCUGAGCUGCUGGCGGUCCCCUCGCCGCCGCCGCCCCCGCCCACGGCCGCCCCCGCCCCGACGGCGCGGCCGCUCACCGGCCGGCCGGUGAUAUUCACCGAGAGUCCGCCGGUCGGCGACUCCUUGCUGGCCGGCCCGACCGGCGCCCGCCCGCAGUUCGUGUUCCCGGGCGGAACCUCAACCGCUCCGGUCCAGGGCGCAGGGGACGCGGACGCCCCGUUCCGCUUCCCGUCGCCGGAGCCGGACCGGGAGGUGCUGGAUACCUCCUCGGAGCGGCCGCUGCUGUUCUCCUCGGGCCGGCCGGCGGUGGCGGAGGAGCGGACCGAGCGGCCGCCGGCGGUCUCUGUCCCCUCAGACGGCGGCCAGUGCCGCCCGGAGCCGGACUGCGCGCUGCUGAGCCGGCGCCGGCGCGGCUGCUCGGCCAGCGCCGACUGCCCGGCGCCGCAGCGCUGCUGUUUCAGCCAGUGUCUGGGCGUGUCCGUGUGCCAGGAGGGCACGUUCAGGGAGCGGCUGGCCGGCCUGGCGGCGCUGGCCGACGUGGUGGUGCCCUGAGAGCCGCCCGACCGCGGGACGCGCGCAGAGACCGACACUGUGAUGGCUGUUACGCGAGAUACCUACCGGCCGGCGGGAGGCCGACCCACGCACUAGUUCACUAACGUUUGUACGUUCACUUGUUCACAAGUAGCUGUUAUAACAAUGUGGACAAGGAGAACCAUGAUGCUGUUAUCUUAGGGUCACUACUCACUAGUCCUCAAAGACCAAUUUUAGCUGCUAAGUGCUAACACUAGGAAGAUAUUUUCGUUAUGCCGAAGACAGGCAGCAUAUUGAAAACCUUUCAACCGCGCGUAGCUUAGCUGUUUAGUGUAGGUCUGCCGUGUGCUGGGGUAUUGAACUCCCACACAGACACAUAAACAAACGGAUGCUGAGUGGCACUGCUACUCCCAGACACGACUAACCAUCUCCGAUGAGAGCCGGGUGCCACUGUGUACAGUAACGCUAAAUCGUGCGCUGGUCGAUCGAUAAUUGUUGCGCGAGGACGCUAUUCAGCCGACGUGGGUGUACUUGACCGAUGUUUUACGAUGUGAUAGACCCACUGAUACGUGCAACACAUCUUCUGUGUCAUCUUCGUGGGCCAUGCUGGAUCUACGAAUUAGCAUACACCAGAGAUUGAGGCAAUGCCGCGCACUGUGCGGUGGUUCCAGGAGAUAGAUGAACCAUCGGGAAGACAUUUUGAUGUUACUGUUAUUUUUUCUCUAAGAUAGAUGCUGUAUUAGUUUGUUAUUAAAAUGAUAUUGAAACGAUCCAUGAACGUGUGCUCAGUGCUGGUUAUGUACGUACAGUCUCCGCUGGCUACAUUUGCUUUUAUUUGUGUCGCUACUCUUAUAGUCACUCUGAUCAGUUUUGCUAUCAGUUUCGAUGUUGGGCUGCUUCCCGCAUCGUGCGAUACUCAGUGGUUUCAUGAGACUCGAUGAGGUUUUACCGAGUGAGUGAUUUUUUCGGCUUUGAUACCAGAACAUAGAACCCUUCCAUGUUUUCACAAUGCAUUCGUUUUGAGCUGAGGUCUAGCACUAAUGACUUUGACCUACCCAAUGAGUACCUUUUCAGGGUUGUGCUAAAACGGUAUGUCUUUACGGCCACACGUCAAUAUAAAUUAAACGGCA